UGUCCUCCAUAUAAUGAAUGUAAGAAACCUAUUAAUUAUCUCAUACUACAACUCCUGUAUUAGUUAAAUAAGCCUUAAGUUAAGCUAUAGAACUGUAGUUAUGUAGAUGCCAUACUUUGUACCUCGUACAAUUAUUGUGCAAUAAAGUUAUAUAUGGCCGUACGGUUAAAGCGUUAUAUGCCCUUGCGUACGUUGACCUUUCACCCGACAAAGUCCACCGCCAUGACUGUGUGUUGCUGGCUUAUAUAAAUGGGAUAGCUAGGUACAUUGGACACAUUUUGGCACGUUUCGCCGCAACAUUGCGAUCGGACAACAUCCUAUUCUUGCAACCAAACCCCCAAGGAAAGAUGUCGAAGAAAGUAGCAGUGAUCGGCUCUGGUGCGAGCGGGCUGGCGGCCAUCAAGUGCUGCCUGGACGAGGGGCUGCAGCCCGUCUGCUUCGAGAAGGGAACCGACAUCGGCGGACUCUGGAACUUCAAGGAAGAAGCCCUGCCCGGCUUUGCCAGCGUCUAUCGCUCCACGGUCAUCAACACCAGUAAGGAGAUGAUGUGUUACAGCGACUUCCCCAUCCCCAAGGAGUAUCCCAACUUCAUGCACCACUCCUGGGUCAUCAAGUACUUCAGACUGUACGCGGACAACUUCGGGCUCAUGAAAUACAUCAGAUUCCGGCACCGUGUGGACCGUGUAAAACCUACAGAGAACUUCGCAGAGACAGGACAGUGGGACAUCACCUACACUGAUGAGGAGAAGAACGAGACUACCACAGAAGUGUUUGAUGCAGUGAUGGUGUGUACAGGACACCACGCGUACCCACACUACCCGAGGGACAGCUUUCCAGGGAUUGAUGACUUCCAAGGGGAAACAACCCACAGUCACGACUACAAGGACUUCAAGGGCUACGAGAACAAGCGAGUCAUCGUCAUCGGGAUCGGCAACUCCGGUGGAGAUGUCUCCGUGGAACUCAGCCGCCACACUAAGCAGCUUUUCCUGAGCACCAGGAGGGGCAGCUGGGUGGCCAACCGGGUCGGGUCUCGAGGUCUUCCGGUCGACAUCUGGGCCACUCGCCGCUGGGCCGACGCCCUGCCGUUAUGGUUCAAAGAGCGGUUCGCACAACGUCAACUCAACCAGCGCUUUGACCACUCCGUGUACGGUCUCAAGCCGAAGCACCCUGUCUUCGGGCAGCACCCUACCGUUAACGACGAUUUACCUAACCGCAUCAUCACGGGCUCUAUAAUCGUCAAGCCCAACAUCAAGCGCUUCACCAAGACCGGCGUCGUCUUCGAGGACGACACGGUGGAAGAUGACAUCGACGCCGUCGUCUUUUGCACGGGGUACCGUUUUGAUUUCGCCUACAUCGACGAGUCUGUCCUGAAGGCGGAGGGCAACGACGUUUCCCUCUACAAGUACGUAUUCCCCCCAAAGCUGAAUCCGCCCACUCUUAGUGUCAUUGGUCUCAUCCAACCUCUGGGCGCGAUCAUGCCGAUCUCUGAGAUCAUGUGUCGCUGGGCCACGAGAGUCUUCAAGGGGACCACUAAGCUCCCGCCCCAAGGUGCGAUGUUCGACAACAUCAGGCAGAAGAAAAUCGACAUCUCCAAGCGGUACUACCAGUCUCCCCGACAGACCGUCCAGGUAGACUACAUCACCAUGAUGGACGACGUUGCCGUAGAAAUCGGAGUCAAGCCGGAUUUCAAGAGCCUCUUUUUCUCCGACCCCGGGUUGGCCAUACAGUGCUACUUCGGCCCGUGCACGCCGUACCAGUACCGCCUGAUGGGGCCUGGGGCGUGGAGGGGCGCCAAGGAGGCGAUCCAGACGCAGAUGUACCGCGUCAAGUACCCGACCAAGACGCGCGCCACGCCUGAAGAUGAUGAUGCAGGGAUCAGCAGCAUUCUGAAAGUCCUCGUGGUGCUGGUGGUGAUCCUGGCGUUCCUCUGGAACCUCCUGUAAGUCGACUGAACUCACCCACCACGCAAAAACAAGUUGCUGAACAUUACAACGAUGACACGGUAGACCCGUGUUAGAACUGUUUCCAAUGUUCAUGGCUGGCUAUCAAAUCAAUUGUCGCAAAGACGGUUUCAUCUACUAAUAUUUCAUAUGAUUAUAACCCCUCUCUUGCUGCAAACUGUUACCAAUGUUCAUGACUGACUAACAAAUUAAUAAUCAAAUCAAUUGCCGCAAACACGGUUACAACGUAGCUAGUUCUUUUCAAUCUACUUAUCUUUCAUGUGAUUAUAACCGGUACCUCACUCUUGCUACAAACUAUCAGAUGCUGGUAAUCAGAAGCCCUAUAUACAAGUCACAGUCCCUAUUCAACUCCACUGAUAGUCAUAUCCAAAAAAAUACAAUAUCUAAGAUGUACACGCUUGCCAUUCCUUGCAAGAUCAAGUCAAACAUCGUACAGCAUAUGUGUAAAGCAUAAAGAAAUGGCAUUGGUCUACAGACGAUGAUAGUCUUUAUGAUGGAAUGCUAUCACAAGCUUUCACUAUUUACUCACAGAAAGAGUACAAGAAU